AUGAAGAGCAUUGUGGGCAUUCAAGCCAUGUCAUCUUUGAGAACGACACCUGUUCCUGGUCUGUGGAUCACUCAUCGACUCAUCGGCAUUGAACCAACUGCAGAGGCUGUCUCACGGAGGUCUCUUGUGAUUGCGCCCGGGAACCUGGUGGCUGUCAACACUCUUGUGCAGUAUCACGAGUACAAUGUCUUCCAAAUGGUGUCCACCAUUCAGUCAAACGUACACGGGACUACUACAUUGUACCUCGGGGUGUACCACUGGUAA